CCUCUCCGCCAGUAGCAGCGCUGCUGUCUUCCCACAGGAGGACUGGGAGGACGCUGGAGUCUGCAGAGCCCCCGCCCCCUCGCUUUUUCUUUCUUUCCUUGCUUUGGGAUCUUGCUGCCGGAGCCGGGAGAGGUUCUGAGAAGAGAAGAGAGAAGGACGGGAGUGCAGGCUUCCGCUGCGGCGCGCCAACAGAGCUGGGGGCACAAAAUCCCCGGCGUCCCCUCCCGGUCCUCGCCAACCCGGCUGGGAUGUGACGAAGGAAAGCCCUCAGCGCCUGCCUCCCGCCCUCGAAGGUGCCCCCAGAGAGCGCACUGGGAGCACACCGCUGGAGUCCCUUUGCCCGCAGCACCGCGGGACAGGAGUGGCUAGGAGCCCUGUAGCCGGUUCCCAGCUCCCACUCUUCAGAAAGAGCGGCUGGGGAUUACCGCUUUCCUGGCGCUCGGCACAACUCCGGGGCCAGCAGCGCGCGGUUGGACAGAGUCCCGCUUCCCGCCGACUCACCGGGACUGGGGGACAGCGCCAGCCCGCCUGCACUCCCUGUAGCCCUAGCCUCUCGACACCUGCGCCGAUCUCCCACGCCAGGGGGCUGAGCCCCGCGGCUCCCGGCCCCCGCAGCAUCCUCAGACCCCAUGGAGAACGCGCCCGCCGCGGCUUCCUGAGUGCGGGCGCUGCCGCCGUCCAAACUGCGCCCUGGGGUCCUCCAUCUCUCCCCUCUUAGGGGCGUCCGAGAGGCCGGGGAAGAGCGCACCAUGAAGUCCGUGCUGUUCAGCCGCUUCUUCAUCCUUCUGCCCUGGAUAUUAAUCGUCAUCAUCAUGCUCGACGUGGACACGCGCAGACCCGCGCCCCCGCUCACCCCGCGCCCCUACUUUUCUCCCUACGCGGUGGGCCGCGGGGGCGCCCGACUCCCGUUCCGCAGGGGCGGCCCGGACAUUGGCCCCCGGCGCGGCUGGGAGAAGCGCAACGAGUCGCGGCCACAGCCACGGCCGCGGCCCGAGCCGCCUCUGCCCACCAUCUAUGCCAUCACGCCCACCUACAGCCGCCCGGUGCAGAAAGCCGAGCUGACCCGCCUGGCCAACACUUUCCGCCAGGUGGCGCAGCUGCACUGGAUCCUGGUGGAGGACGCGGCGGCGCGCAGCGAGCUGGUGAGCCGCUUCCUGGCGCGGGCCGGGCUGCCCAGCACGCACCUGCACGUGCCCACACCGCGGCGCUACAAGCGGCCGGGACUGCCGCGCGCCACGGAGCAGCGUAACGCCGGUCUCGCCUGGUUGCGCCAGAGGCACCAGCACCAGCGCGCGGAGUCCGGAGUGCUCUUCUUCGCGGACGACGACAACACCUACAGCCUGGAGCUGUUUCAGGAGAUGCGAACUACACGCAAAGUCUCUGUCUGGCCAGUGGGCCUGGUUGGUGGGCGACGCUAUGAACGUCCGUUGGUGGAAAACGGCAAAGUCGUUGGCUGGUACACCGGCUGGAGAGCAGACAGGCCUUUUGCCAUCGACAUGGCAGGAUUUGCUGUAAGUCUUCAAGUCAUCUUGUCCAAUCCAAAAGCCGUAUUUAAGCGUCGUGGAUCCCAGCCAGGGAUGCAAGAAUCUGAUUUUCUAAAACAGAUAACAACAGUUGAAGAACUGGAACCAAAAGCAAGUAACUGCACCAAGGUUCUCGUGUGGCACACUCGGACAGAGAAGGUUAAUCUAGCCAACGAGCCAAAGUACCGCCUGGACACCGUGAGAAUUGAGGUAUAAACGGAAGCAGCAGCUGGUGCGGUUCGCCUGGCUAGUGCACGUGGAAGAGGAG